GGAGCUUAUAGAAAGAGGAAACCCUGUCCUCGCGCAGAGAAGGAAACCCGACAGCCCAGAUGUGCACAGAGCAACGCCGGUAGUGUUGUUAUUAUAUUUUUUAUUAUUUUUUUUUUUUCUCCUCCUCUCUGCAAACAGAGGAGCUGCAGGAGCGGCAGCGGGCACGGCCCGACCCACGGCACAGCCAUGGGGCAGAAGUGCAUGGAGAAGGUGUCCUCCUUCCUCUUUGAGUAUGACACCCCCAGGAUGGUGCUGGUGAGGAACAAGAAGGUGGGACUGACCUUCCGGCUGAUCCAGCUCAUCGUCCUGACGUACAUCAUCGGGUGGGUUUUCCUCUACGAGAAGGGCUACCAGUCUCAGGACAGCAUUGUCAGCUCGGUCUCGGUGAAGCUGAAAGGCCUGACAUUGACCAACGAGAGUAUCAUGGGCCCUCACAUCUGGGACGUGGUGGAUUAUGUUUUCCCACCCCAGGGGGACAGCUCGUUUGUGGUGAUGACCAACUUCAUCGUCACGCCCGGACAGAAACAAGAAACCUGCCCAGAGCUGCCAGACGAUGGGUUCUGCACACAGGACAGCGACUGCAGCAAAGGGAAAUACAGCCGGCAGGGACAAGGCCUCAUGACGGGCAAGUGUGUGAAUUUUAACAGCUCUGUGAAGACCUGCGAGAUCUUUGGCUGGUGCCCUGUUGAAGUUGAUUACCACAUUCCCAAACCUGCCCUAUUGUCAGAAGCAGAGAAAUUCACUUUGUUCAUCAAGAACAGCAUCACCUUCCCCAGGUUCAAGGUGUCCAGGCGCAACUUGGUUGAGGGCGUUACCAAGCAGUACCUGAAGAAAUGCACCUAUCACAAAGUCACCGAUACCUUAUGCCCCGUGUUUGACGUGGGAUACAUAGUGAAGGAAUCGGGUCAGAAUUUUACAACCCUGGCUGUUAAGGGUGGAGUGGUGGGAAUCACCAUAGACUGGAACUGUGACCUUGACUGGCCCAUUCGGUAUUGUAAACCCAUUUACCAGUUCCACGGCCUUUACAAUGAUGAUGGAAACGUUUCACCAGGCUUUAACUUCAGGUAUGCCAAAUACUACAAAGAAAAUGGGACAGAAAAGAGGACGCUCUUCAAGGUGUUUGGGAUCCGGUUCGACAUUUUGGUGAAUGGCAAGGCAGGCAAAUUUGACAUCAUCCCAACCAUGACCACAAUCGGCUCUGGAAUUGGUAUUUUUGGAGUGGCCUCUGUCCUCUGUGAUGUGCUCCUGCUGCAUUUUCUCCAAGGACGGGACUAUUACAAGCAGAAGAAAUUCAAAUAUGCGGAACAGGAGCCUUCGAAGUCACAUAAGAAGCAAAAGGAGCUGGACAACGUGCAGUGAGAGAAUCCACACUGACUGAUGAACCUGCACCCUAUUUCUCCUCCUCCUCCUCUUCUAGAACACAGUCAUCAUCCCUUGUCACCAGCCUGCAUUAGCCAGGCGAUGGCGGGACAUGCUGCGAUGCUGCGGGUGGGUUAAACUUGUGUUGGGCAUCAGGGAGCCACGAAGGCACCAUCGGGACCCCCCACCAUCCCUGCUGCAGGGCACUGGGCUCUGCUGCCUUUGCAGGUGCUCCCAAAGGGCUCCUGCUGUGCCGGGGCCAUGCCAGGGCAUCCUGCACCCUGAAGCCCCUGGGGAGAGCAUUGCUGCCUCUCCUUCCCCAGCAGCACCCUUGGGCAGCUCCAAAUGAGGAGAAGGGGAGGGUAGGAGAGCUGGCAAAACCCAUGCCCAGACCCUCAGCACGGGAGAAAAAUGGUUAUUUUGUAAGGAUGUAUUUUAUUAAAAAAAAAAAAAAAAAUAAACCUUUAGUUUUUCUACUA